AUGACUGCAUCGACUGUCGUUUCGGCACUGCUCUUCCACUGGAUCGCCCGAUUCGGAGUUCCCUCUCACGUGACUACGGAUCAAGGAAGGCAGUUCGAAUCUUCCUUGUUCAAAGAACUGACACGAGUGCUCGGAGUGAAACAUAUCCGGACGACCGCCUAUCAUCCCCAGGCCAACGGGCUGAUCGAGAGAUGGCAUCGCACUCUGAAAGCAGCCAUCUGCUGCAAGGAUACGACCCGAUGGAGUGAGCAUCUACCACUGUUUCUGCUAGGGCUACGCACCACCUACAAGGAAGACAUUGGAGCAUCACCGGCAGAACUCGUAUACGGGACAACACUCACCAUCCCCGCCGAAUUCGUCGCUGAGAAGCCACCACCACCCGACCAAAGCGACUUCGCUGAGACACUACGGGAAGCGAUGAGCAACAUUCGACCAACGAAAACCGCUUGGCAUACCAAUCGGACCGCAUUUGUACACGCCGAUCUUAACAAAUGCACUCACGUGUUUGUGCGCAACGACACCGUCCGGCCAGCGCUGACUACACCGUACCAGGGACCAUACCGGAUACUACAGCGAAGUUCAAAGUCCUUCCAGAUUCUGGUAAAUGGACAAACCUCGUGGGUAUCCAUCGAUCGCCUGAAGCCAGCUUACAUCGCCGAAGAUCCACCCGAGUCGGCUCGGAAACGAACACCAUCAGCGGAUAUAACACCAUCGACCGAGCAGCCGUCUCUAACGCAGGAGCCGACGUCCAGUCCAGCAUCACGGCAGACAGCUGUUCCAACCGCCAUCCGCAACCCACCUCCGCCGAUCUUACGACAACGGACUGACGACAACAUAUCGACCGGCGUUACGAGAUCACAGCGUAGAGUCAUAAUUCCUCUUCGCUAUCGAUAA